GUUCCUUCCUUCUUUCCUGCCCACUCUCUCCUGUCUGAGCCUCUCAGGAGAGAGGUGGAGGAAGAGGAGGAAGGCUCACAAUGUCUCGGCUUGAGCGUCUAGUUCAGCACGGCCGACGUGUACUCGUGUCACGCCGACGUAUGCUGACGCUAAGCCAAGCUGUAAUCUGAAAGGUGUAGAUGCUGAAGGAAAACCCGGCCGGCCUCCGUUUGCCUUUGUGUUGCGCGACCAUCACUCAGGCAUUCACUCACUCUGCCCAAUAUUGCUGAUAGAAACGGGCUUUUAGACAUGGUGGAGGGCAUCAUAAGAAUAUUUCAUUCCUUCUUUGAAUUCCCUUUGACUUUCUGACCAAAUGAAUAAACACAAAAUAGCAUUUCAAGGCCCAACAUCUGAUAAGGUCCUCGAAAUUUAUUAAACGAGAAAAUGAGGUCGGCAUGAAGAGGUUCUUCAAAUUCAACUCUGCAAGUUUGCUUUUUAAAUGCCACCAGUUCAUCCUGACAGUCAGCUUCAAUCUGCUUCCAUGCCUGUCUUCUUUCUUUAUUUUUUUGCUAUCUAAGGACCUCUUUGCGUGACAUAAAUAUUGGCACGCACCCAACAAGGAAAGCUGGCAGAUGUCCAUGGAGGUGUUUGACGCCUGAACUACACUGUUAAGUCCUGGCUUGAUUGAAAUGACAUUGCGGGAGUCAUCAUCUUGCAGUACACGUCGAAACGCACGCAUUUUCCAUCUCUCAUCAUCAAGAGUGAGCGUGAUAUUAAACAGCCCCGAUUAUCUUCUCAUUGUUGUUAACAAAGUGGGCGACUGCCUGAUCAUUUCUUUUUUUCCUGCCGAUGUUUUAUCGCCUUAGCUAUGGCUGUUCCGGCUACGCUUGUUAGCGCUAGGCUACAUUCUUGUGAUUGUCAUUACCAUCACAGCGGGGCGGUCGGUGUUUUCAGAUCGUCAGCGUGUUCGCACAAAGACGCGUUUGAUUUCUGCAGACGUUUGAAGAUGUUUGAUCCCUGAUCCUGAGCGAAAAGGAUUCGGGUGGGUUAAUGUUCGACGAUAUCCCGAGAGAAGCCUUCCGCUCACUUUUGACCGGGGAGAACAAAAAUACAGUUCUGAAGCCUUAAGUUGUGAUUCGUGCUCUUUGCUUUAGAGCGAAUUCAUCGGCAAUAUUAAUUUAAUUAUCUUAAUAGGAUUUGUUUUAGUAGUGCAUUAAUAGGAUUACUGUCCGAUUGUCAAAGAGCAGUGGUGACCCAAGAUGUGGUUGGCCCAUUUUUAUUUUUGACCCAAGUAUUUUUAGAAUGCCACAUUAUUAUGCUAGGCUAGGUUGCUUUUUGUUUGCAGGUGGUCAAACGGUCGACCUCCCACUGCCCUUUAUAACUGGAACGAGAGAAACACACUUAUGUGAUGCUAAUGCUGCUGCUACCGAUUCAAUUCAUCUUUUCGUUUGGGCAGCGCCAAAAAUGCUCCUGCCUCAUUUUCUUACAUCUCACGUUUUAAGAAUGUCCAGAGGGGGGGGGGGGGACUAAGAAAGUGUUUUUACUGCAAGGUGAAAUGAUGAUAAACUUGAACUUUUCAGGUCCUCUAAGCCCAAGGCGAGGUGUGAACUACUGGAACGUUUCAAAGAGAACGUCAAUAAGCCAACAGACUGAGGAUUGGGCAACUUUGGAUGUGACAGUGGAGAAGAGGAAGAGACUUUGAAAGCAUGGCUCUGACAGACAAACAUAAAGUGAAACGCCAGCGACUCGACAAAAUUUGUGAGGGUAUCCGGCCGCAAAUCAUGAACGGGCCCAUGCACCCACGCCCCCUGGUGGCGCUGCUGGAUGGGCGCGACUGCACGGUGGAGAUGCCCAUCCUCAAGGACCUGGCCACCGUGGCCUUCUGCGACGCUCAAUCCACGCAGGAAAUACACGAAAAGGUCCUGAGCGAGGCGGUGGGAGCCAUGAUGUACCACACCAUCACGCUGACCCGGGAGGACCUGGAGAAGUUCAAGGCCCUACGGAUCAUCAUCCGCAUUGGCAGCGGCUACGACAACAUCGACAUCAAGGCGGCCGGAGAGCUCGGUAUCGCCGUGUGCAACAUUCCCUCGGCGGCGGUGGAGGAGACGGCCGACUCGACGCUCUGUCACAUUCUCAACCUGUACAGGAGGAACACUUGGCUCUACCAGGCUCUCCGGGAGGGCACGCGGGUCCAGAGCGUGGAGCAAAUCCGAGAGGUGGCCUCGGGGGCGGCCAGGAUCCGAGGAGAGACGCUCGGCCUGAUCGGAUUCGGUCGCGCGGGCCAAGCGGUGUCGAUGCGGGCCAAGGCGUUCGGCUUCAACGUGAUCUUCUACGACCCGUACCUGCAGGACGGCCUGGAGCGCUCGCUGGGGGUGCAGCGCGUCUACACGCUGCAGGACCUCCUCUACCAAAGCGACUGCGUCUCUCUGCACUGCAACCUCAACGAGCACAACCACCACCUCAUCAACGACUUCACCAUCAAGCAGAUGCGUCAGGGCGCGUUCCUGGUGAACGCGGCGCGAGGAGGCCUGGUGGACGAAAAGGCCUUGGCGCAGGCCCUCAAGGAAGGCCGAAUACGCGGAGCCGCCUUGGAUGUCCACGAGUCGGAACCCUUUAGCUUUUCUCAAGGUCCCCUUAAGGACGCCCCCAACUUGAUCUGCACGCCGCACACCGCCUGGUACAGUGAGCAGGCGUCGCUGGAGAUGCGCGAGGCCGCCGCCACGGAAAUCCGCCGAGCCAUCACGGGUCGCAUCCCCGACAGCCUGCGGAAUUGUGUCAACAAAGAGUUCUUCAUCACCUCGGCGCCCUGGGGAGUGAUGGAGCAGCCCCAGCCUCACCCGGAGAUCAACGGCGCCGCCUACAGGUUCCCACCGGGUGUGGUGGGCGGCGUGGCCCCCGGCGGGAUCCCCCGGCCCCUGGAGGGGCUGCUGCCUGGCGGCCUGCCCGUGGCUCACACCUUGCCCCCGGGGACCCACGCGUCACAGACCACCUCCCCCAACCAACCCUCCAAACAUGGCGACCCCACCAGAGAGCACAUGAGCGAGCCGUGACCAAGCGCCGCCCCUGCUCGGAAGGCACCGAUGCCCCCCCCCCCUACCUUCCUCGGUCCUUACCCUCGACGGAGGAUGCACAGAUGAGACAUGUGAUGUGACACAGAUGUGACACAUGAGCCCUCCUGGACUUGGAGGAUGGAAUUCCCAUUUUUUUGCUCCUUUCCUUCAUUCCAGCUGUUUUUUUAAUCCCUUCUUUCAGUGUUGUGUUGCAAGUGUUGUUCUGUUUCCGCAAGUGUUACAUGUGUUUUUUAGCAGGAGUUGUCCUUGUUAGCAAUCAAAAAACAUUUGAUCCAUUCAGUAAAUUAUAUUUGCAUCAUUGUGAGCUAGAAAAGUAGGACAAAACAAGAGCAACUAUUAAAUUCAAGCCAUAUCUUAAUAGACAGCAAACUGGGUUAUUUCUUUUUUCUUCUCCUUUUCUCUGUCAAAUUCAGUUGAUGUGCAGUUUGGUUGUUAAAUGUUCUUAAGUCAUGUGACUGCUCCUUCUAGUUCUUUUUUUGUUUAAUUUUUUUUUAUUUUUUUUUGGGGUGACUGUGUUUUGUUCUUGUACAAGGUGAACAUACAGUAUAAUAUAAGUGCAGCUGGAAACCACAAAUAAAUACAUGCUGUCUUGAUUGAUGAUAA